GACAGAGUGUGUGUGUGAGUGAGAGCAGUGAUUUGCUGCUAAAGUAGGAAAGAAGGAAAGCAGUUAGCUUCACUAAAAUCUUCCCAACAAGUUGAUCUUGUUUAAUUUAGUCUUUAGAGUAAAAAUGUGAGGCGUCCUGUAAUGUCCACGGAGCAGGAUAAAGACUCAUUCUCAAUCAAAAGAAACAGAGGAGGUGACGGCAGUCUGGACGGUUUAGGAGGGCCCGGCUUGCACCUGGGGAGCCCGGAUAAAAAGAAACGCAAGUCGAGUACACAGACUUCGUCGUUUGCCCCCCUCUCUGAAUAUGCCCCCCCUCCGAACCCGAGCUCCGAUCACCUGGUGGCGUCCAACCCGUUUGAUGAUAAUUUCAACUCUCCUCCUUUGUCUCUGAAACCCCUGAACAGCACCAAUCCCUACUUCCCUCUUCCCUCUCACUACCCAGGGUUCAGUGGUUAUGGCCCACCCCGGAUGGCGCUGCACAUUCAGAGCAGGAUGCCCACGCCCUUUGGAUCUGCGUUUCAGAUCCGGAACCAGCCGCACCCGUUUGCCCAGAACCCCAUGGGCUUUAACCGAGCACCUGGGUUCAACUAUGCUCACCCUGAGAACCCGGGCUUCGCUAAUCAGGUUGUUUUUAAUAACAAUGGCGGCAUGCACCAGCACUUUAGACUGGGCCCUGGAGAGAACAUCAGCCAGAUUCCUCUUUCCAACAUGAACCAGAACCACGGACCCAAUCUGAUGUUCAGCCCGGAGUGUGGGAAUCGUCCCGCGGCGAGAUCAGGCCCGGACAUGAGCCCUGGAGUGAACUUCGCCCAGUCUGUGAUGCCCAAACAGGAACCGGGUGAGAGCAGAAAUAAGAGCGCUACGCCUACACGGAAACCGAACCUGAUCUUGGAAGAGGGCGGAGCUCAAGAGAGCCAUGCGGAGUUUGAAGGGAAGACCAGAUCUAACGCAGAAGGAGGUGUGGAGAAGAUCAACGGUGUCCCCCAUCCCAACGCCGAACCGCUAAAGAAGUCUCCUCAGGCCGUCACAGAUAACAGCGGCGAGAAAACCCGGCGGGCGGCGAACAGCAAAUCCGGCAAGAGGAAUCGUUUGAGUGGCUCUGCCCCCUCUGAGCCCUUGUACCCGUGCGGGAUCUGCCUGGGCGAGGUGAAGGAUGAUCAGGAGGCCAUCCUGUGCGAGGCCUUGUGUCAGAAGUGGUUCCACCGCGUGUGCACGGGGAUGACGGAGACGGCCUACAACCUGCUGACGGCCGAGGCGGCCGCCGUGUGGGGCUGUGACACCUGCAUGGACAAGAAAGAAGGAGCGCAACUGCUCAAAACGAGGGAGGCGUCCGGCUCGGCUACGACAAACAGCGAGGGACAAACCUGAACCGUGGCUGCCUGAGUGUGUGUGUGUGAGAGAGAGAGUUUUCAACAUUUUAACCUGAAGAUCUUUGUUUUGUUAAAAGUAAUGUGCCAGUCCAAAAUUUUAACUUUGUAAAUCAAAAAUUUUACACCUUAUUAUUAUUAUUUUUUUGCUCAAUUUGCAUCUUGACGCAGCUACAACUCGUAUUUAUCGCUAAAGGAACUUCGGUACAUAAAGCCUGACAUUCACUUUAAAAACUUAUUGAAUUUCUCAUAAAUCUGAGACUAGAUGUUUGUUAAAGCCACGCCCCUUUAUCUCACUGGAACCACACACUGAAAGUAAAAAGCAUGAUAUGACAAUACGAUUUUUUAAUACUGUGACAAUAUUUAAACAAAAAUUAGUAUUCUUUUUAAUAUAUAUAUUUAAAAUAAAAAUUACCAACAAAUAAUUAAAAAUGUAAAAAGUUAUUUUAUUUGAUACUUUUAUUUUCCAGGCCUUUUUAAAGUUUAUUUAUUAUUUUUAUUUACAUGUAAACGUUAUUCAUAAAACUUUUGUUUUUCACUUUGUUUAAAAAGAAAAAGCCAAACAGCCCUUCAGUUUGCCUUGAUACACUGAUGAAUAUAAUCAUAUCUCCCGUCUCUAAUAUCAUUGUCAAUAAUUAACGAGCUUAGCCAGAAACACAGCACCGUAGAGUUAGGACUGAACUCACCAAGCUUCCUUCACAGUUAUGACCUUAACAUGGAUUUUGUGAUUUGUGAGACAAGUCUUGCAUUACUACAAUCAGGUUUUUUUUUUUUUUUUAUCUAUUUAGUUCUGUAAAUAAAUCCCAACGUUGAAGCUAGCUCUUUUGUAUCCUACGACAGCGCACAGGAACACGCUUAGAAGAAAACGCUAUCCGUCCUCUUUCUCAUACCUAAGCUCAACAAUCACAGCAACAAUCAUGAAUCAAUCUGUGAAGAAAGAGAGAGAAUAAGCCCUGCCCACACAAAGAGACCAGCCUUGUGAGUGAAUUAAAUAUUUUUACAUUGAACUAAACGCCAGUAUUUUUAACAUUAAUGGUGUGAUUAUUUUUCCAGUUGAGGAGAAAAAGAUGAUGAUAUCAGCAUCAUGAUUACAAUGUUGGCGACACAGAUCAAAUUUCAUUUUAAAGAUUUUUUUUUGUUUUUUCCCUGAUUUUCUCCCUAAUUUAGUCGUGUCCAAUUACUCCCUGUCAAUAGGGGGCUCUGCGCCACUAAGAGGUCAUGUUAAAGAUUUUUAUUGCAUUUAAUAAUAAUAAUAAUAAUAAUAAUAAUAAUUUUCAGAGAAACAAAAUCUAGACGUGUAUUGGUUUAAUCAAGUUAUUGAACAGAUUAUUAUUUUUAUUUAUUAAAAUUCUGUUUUGACUUUUGAGGAAAAAGCACUCUCUAAUGUCACGUGUGCUCUCCUCUGCAUUCAUCACGUCUGAGGAGAGAUUAAUGAAGAUCGAAGUGUCUUGCCGCACUGAAUGUAGUGUGUUUGUUUGUUCGUUUGUUUGUUUGUUUGUUUUUGAAUGGUCACAGUUCCUGAAUAGCGCAUUCUUGAGUCUUGGCGAAGGUUUCUGCUUCGCUUGUACGCACUUGGCUUUGCAGCAUUCUUCUUUUUUUGUUAUACAUUUCCUUCACUGUGCCUUUUGUUAUUAUGAUUGUGAUUCAUGUAGCAGAGAGAGAGAGAGAGAACCGCGGUGAUGAUAACAAUAAUAAUAAUAAUAAUAAUAGUAAUAAUAACACACUUGUUAUUUAGUGUAUGCACUAAAAUGCUGUUAAAUCGUCUUUGAUUAUUGUUUAAUGGUUUUUCUUUUAUUUUGCUUUAUUCUGUUUUAUACGAGGGUUGUUACUUGAAAGUAGAAGAAAUUGCACAGAUUAUAUCAGUCCAGAAUUUAUGGAAUUUAUGGUGAA